AUGCGAAACCAGUAUAGAAGGUUUAUCCUGGGAGGGGGUUUAUGUGAGACAAGGGAUAGUAAUACGUCACAUGGUUCAAAAUUAAUUUAUUUAAUAAAAGGUUUAAGAUUAUCACUACAUAAAGAAAUAGCUCGUACUGAACCGAAAACGCCAUUAGAAUUUAUUGAUGUAGCUCAAAAAGAAGAGCGUUUCGAUCAAUUACAUAUUAACCCUAGUACUACCAAGCGGGUGGGAUAUUUUGUGACAACUGAUCAACAGUUGGUUGGAUUACAAGGAAAAUGUCCUUUUUGUCAAUUUAUCCCCAAAAAACCUGAUAAAUAUGGAAUAAAGCUUUGGUUAUGUGUUGAUGCCGAUUCUUACUAUGUAUUUGAUGCAGUCCCUUAUACUGGACGACAACCUGGUCAAGAUAGACAAAAGAAUAUAGGUGUCAACAUAGUUUUACAACUAACGGAACCACUGUUUGGUUCUGGUAGGAACGUUACAAUGGACAAUUUCUUUACUAGUAUUCCACUAGCAAAACAAUUGAAAGUUCACAAUAUUACCUUGAUAGGAACAUUACGCAGAAAUAAGCCCGAAAUACCCGUAGAAUUUCUCUCAAAUAAAAAUCGCCCAGUUGGCUCUGCAAUGUUCGGUUUCAACGAUAAUCCCACACUAGUUUCAUACGUUCCAAAGAUAAAUAAAGCUGUUUUGUUGCUCUCAUCGAAACAUCAUGACCACAAAGUAGACUCAACAAAUGGGAAGCCACACAUUAUCUUGGAUUAUAAUAAAACCAAGGGUGCUGUCGAUACUGUUGAUUAG